CCAACAUGGCGUCCAUCCAAGCAACUAGUGGUCCGAAUCUUGACCACUUGAACGAGGAUUUUAAACGUUUGAUUGCUUAUUUAGAAAGUAAGAAGGAAUUAAUGGAUGCCCAUAUGGUUGAAUUCUUCACUUCCAAUCACUGGGAAUCCCUUUUAUCGCCUCAACUUAGAGAAGAUCUCGAAUCACUUUCACACAAGCAACUCACUCACCUACCUACUUUGGCUUAUGAUAAUACUUCAGAAGAAUACAGAACACUCGGUGAACACCUGAGAUUGUUUCUCGAGGAAUCGAGGCAAGCUCAACUUAAGAGUUUUACUUGGGUAAAAGAUCAAAGGGAUUUUACUAGCAACAGCAAAGUGAAUUUUAUUUCUCAUAUCAUGACACCAAAGAAAUCGUACGAGGUCGAUGUGAUGUCGGAUGUGAUUAGUAGAUUAGCAAAGCGAUUCCAAGUCAAUAAGAUUUUGGAUCUUGGAAGUGGUAAAGGCUACCUGAGUCAGUGUUUAGCAUUGCAGUAUGGAUUAAAGGUAGUUGGUGUUGAUUCCUCUGAUGGCAAUACACAAAAUGCAGCCAGGAGAAAUGAGAGGCUUUUGAAAGUGUGGUCAGGACUUGUCAAAAAGUCCAAAAGAGAGAAUAAUGGCUCAUUGAGGAGUGAUACUGUAUCAGAGGCUUCUCCUUCUUGUUGUGAUGGUUCUUUACAUCUUUGCAACCACUUUUGUGAGGAUAGUGAUAAAAAAAGAGCUUUACACAGGUCUUCCUCGUCAUUAUCUUCCAGUCCACAGGGUGACAGUAGAGUCACAUGUAAGGGAUCAUCUGAUGCUGUCCAUAGAUGCUUAUAUUCUGAGAAUGAUACGAAUGGGGAAUUAAAACAAUCAUAUACAUGUGCACCAAGCCUAACUUCAUUUGUCCCUGUCACUGGGUUUGUUGAUCAGUCAUAUAUUUCUAAUGGAACACUAACUAGAAUUUUUGAUGAACUGGGAACCCCUUCAGAUGGGGAGAACAUUGAAUGCAAUGGCAUGUUCAUAGUUGGUUUGCACACAUGUGGUGACUUAGCUCCAACUGCACUGAGAAUAUUUUCAAGUGAAUCCUCCGUGAAGUUGAUUUGUAUUGUAGGCUGUUGUUAUCACCUUGUUACACAAGAAGUUGGAGCUUUUUCUAGAGGAUCCAUUGAUUCUGAUAACAUUCCAGGUUUUCCAAUGAGCCAGUUCUUGAAGCCAAUUCAACUUCAGAUAAGCAGGAAUGCCACAAUGGUUGCACAGCAGGCUGCAGACAGAAUAUCUUCAGAAUCCCAGUGUCCCCCUCCUAGUGUUCUGUAUAGAGCAAUUCUUCAGGUCAUUUUGAAAGAAAAGUUUGGUUUGGAUGGAAGUGGAAUGCGAGUUGGCAAAGCUGGUGCAAAAUGUAAGGAUUUCAAGGAGUAUGUUAAUAAAUGCCUUUAUAAGCUUGGAUUGAAGGACAAAAUAAGUGAGUUGUCUGAUGAAGAAGUGAACUCUUACCUGACAAGAUUUAAACACCAUGAGAGGCAUCUGCAUGCCUUCCAUCAGUUGAGAGCAGCUAUCGCCCCUUGCAUUGAAAGUGUUUUCCUGCUGGACAGACUUUUCUAUUUACAUGAACAGGGUCACAAUUCUGCUUGUAUCGUGCGGCUUUUUGAUCCUGUGAGGUCCCCGAGAUGUUAUUCUAUCAUUGCUUCUAAAGCUUGACAAUUUACUUUCCCCAAAAGAGGAAGAGAUUGUCAGGGAAUGUUUUCAGUGGCAGAGCAGAGAGAGAGUUUCAAUCAGUACCUAGGUAUACCAAAGCUUUGUUAACAUGUCAUUUCGACUCAUUAUACUCGGAUACCAAGUUCCAUUCUUUACAAGGUCAAACUUAUACAUGCAAUAAAUAGCCCAAUUCCUGCGCCUUUGGGUUGUGGAAAGUCUAGUAACGUAUGUUGCUUUCUUUUUAUAUCAGGCAUGUUUGACCUUUAUUCGAAUGACCAAGACGGAGAAAUCUAAACUACAAAGUACCACAGACUUUAUAAUAAAAGUUUGAAUUUAUUUAAACCUUGCGUUCAUUUUCAGUACAUCUAAUAUUUACUCAACGAAUGGGUCAACAAAGCAAACUGAU